AUGUCGAAAAUUGAGAAUGCCCUCCCGAAACCGAAGAUCGAGCUGUACAGCGGGAAGUACUUCGCCGCCUGUGCGGUGGGAGGAGUAAUCGCCUGCGGUCCAACCCACACAGCAGUAACACCCCUGGACCUCGUAAAAACACGCCGACAAGUCGACUCCAAACUCUACAAAUCGAACCUCUCGGCAUGGUCCAUGAUCUACCGCUCGGAGGGGAUCCGCGGGGUCUUCUUCGGCUGGUCACCCACCUUCGUCGGCUACUGCUUGCAGGGUGGAGGGAAAUACGGGUUCUAUGAAGUGUUUAAAUACCUGUAUGGGGAGAAAAUGUUCCCGGGCGUGAGCAAACCGGUGAUCUUCCUGGGGGCCAGCGCCAGUGCGGAGUUUCUGGCGGAUAUGGCGUUGUGUCCGUUUGAGGCUGUCAAGGUGCGGAUGCAGACCACGCUGCCGCCGUUUGCGAACACGAUGCGCGAGGGGAUCUCGAAAAUCGUGGCUAAGGAAGGAUACGCCGGAUUGUAUAAGGGAUUGUAUCCUCUCUGGGGCCGCCAAAUCCCUUACACCAUGUGCAAGUUCGCCACCUUCGAGACCACAGUCGACAAGAUCUACGCCACGCUCGGCAAGCCCAAGUCCGCCUACAACGGGCUGCAGCAAACCGGCGUCUCCUUCCUCGGCGGCUACAUCGCCGGAAUCGCCUGCGCCGUCAUCUCGCACCCCGCGGACGUCAUGGUGUCCAAGCUCAACUCGGAUCGGAAACCGGGGGAGGGCGCGGGCAAGGCGAUGGGCAGGAUUUAUGGCAAUAUCGGGUUUGCGGGAUUGUGGAAUGGGCUGCCGGUUAGGAUUUUGAUGAUUGGUACGUUGACGGCGUUUCAGUGGUUGAUUUAUGAUAGUUUUAAGGUGGCGUUGGGACUACCUACUACGGGGGGCCAUUAG